AUGGAGGUCCCUCCCAGCUUAUACAUCGAUCGCUUAGGGCCGAAUCAAGUCCGGAUGAUCAGAGUCCAGUCCGAGCUGCAAGAUGGAAAGGUGGUUUGUGCAAUGACCAUCGAAGAUCUCUCCUCCGGCCUAGGAUUCUCAGCACUUUCAUACACCUGGCACAACGCCCUGGAAUACCAUGAUUGGUCGUCAGGAUCUCCCGUGAGAGAUGACCCUCUGAUGAAAAUCUACUGCAAUGGCGAGACAUGCUGGGUCAGUCACAAUCUGUUUCAAGCUCUCGACCAAGUUCGGCGGAAGAGAUUUCGCAGGCUCAUAUGGAUCGACGCUUUGUGUAUCAACCAGGACCCCGAUGAUCAGACUGAGAAGACGCAGCAAAUUCAGCUCAUGGGCAGUAUCUAUGCUACUGCCCUCGAAGUACUCAUUUGGCUGGGCAAAGAAGACCUCCGCAACAACAGCACCGUUGCUGUAGAUCUCCUUCGUGUGCUAGGAGACUUGAAACCUGAACAGCGGAAGACGGUUCGUCCCGAUGGCAUCAGCGACGCAAAGGUCGCAUCAAAGGUUGCCGCAAUUUACGCUGCAGACCUUGAUUAUCGAGAUUGCUGGAUAGCCCUAGCAAAGUUCUUUCGGCGCACUUGGUUCACACGAGCGUGGGUUAUACAGGAGGUGAUUCUAGCAAAGAACAAGAUCGUUUGGUGCGGUGACCUGGAGAUCAAGUGGAAAGCCCUUCGUGAGGUGUCCGGCUGGCUAGCACAAUCCGAGUGGAAGGAUCGCUUUGUUGACUCAAAAUUUCUAAGGGACCUCGGACCUGAUCCUCGGCUUGGUGCCGCUGCGAAGAUCGGCGGAACAGAGGAUGAUAUCAAGGCGAUGACAGAGAAGAGCAAAGGCGAGCACGAACAACAUGACUUGUUCCUGGACACGCUCAUCAGAGCGAGAGAGUUCGAUUGCCAGGAAGCGCGAGACAAGGUCUACUGCUGCUACGGCAUUGGUCUCCGCUGCUGGCCUAAAGACUUUCAUUUUCCCGAGCCGGACUACAGCAAGAGCCUGGGACAGGCCUACACGCAGACUGCACGGGCUGUACUUGAGAUGUCGAACAAUCUACAUAUUCUGGCAUACUCCGAAAGUUUGAGGAGCGCGGCAUUGCAAGCAGAGGGAAAGGCUGUUCCGUCGUGGGUGCCCGACUGGUCCGUGAAGGACAAGGUCGGCCUUGGUAUAACAGGAUACAGGCGCUACUGGGCCGGCGACAACCUCUUGCAACGAAUCGAGUUCGCUGACCGCGAACAGCUUGUUCUGCGGCUUCGUGUCACUCAAGUCGGCACUGUUGCUGCGAUUGGCAACACCAAACAGCAGCUCCGCGAAUGCAGCAACCUGGAUGCCACCGCCGAGCUUUUGCGUCCCAUGCCUGACAUGUAUCCCACGCUCGACGAGCCCACGCGGCCCGACAAGAUGUCCGGCACGGAGGACUCUCGGCAGGACCUGACAGAAGCAUUUUGGAGAACAAUCAUGUUCAACACCGGCUGGGGAAAGACAUGUCCGGCGAAUUCAGCCAUGUCGAACGCCUUUCGAUCAUGGAUGCAGUUGAAACCCGGCGGUGACAUAAUCUUCGGGGCUCUCGACAGGAGUAGCGCUGUCGCCGGUACGUUGCGAGCAUUCGAACAGCUCAAACUGGCCUCAUGUACACUGGAAGCCGACAUUCGCGAGUUCGAUACCGCUUUCUCACUGAGAGUAUGUCUCCGAGUCUUUCGCACCGCCGGAGGACUUCUUGGAUGCGGUGCUGAGGCAAUACUGCCCGGCGACUCGGUCUUUAUCGUGCCGGGCUCGAGAGUGCCGUUGAUCUUGCGGAAGCAGGAGGGGAGUGCAAGAUAUCGGCUUGUGGGAGCGGCUUACGUGCAUGGGCUUAUGCAUGGACAGAUCAUGUCCAAGUCUCCAGCUGUCAACUUUCAAACUGUCAUCGAACUCGAGUGA